AUGCAGCUCUCUCUAGCCCUGUGUCUCGUCUGCCUGCUGGUGCACACAGCCUUCAGUGCAGUGGAGGGCCAGGGGUGGCAGGCCUUCAAGAAUGAUGCCACGGAAAUCAUCCCUGAGCUUGGAGAAUACCCUGAGCCCCCACCGGAGCUGGAGAACAAGACCAUGAACCGGGCGGAGAACGGAGGGAGGCCUCCCCACCACCCCUAUGUGACCAAAGACGUGUCCGAGUACAGCUGCCGCGAGCUGCACUCCACCCGCUACGUGACGGACGGGCCGUGCCGCAGCGCCAAGCCGGUCACUGAGCUGCUGUGCUCGGGCCAGUGCGGCCCGGCGCGUCUGCUGCCCAACGCCAUCGGCCGCGGCAAGUGGUGGCGCCCGAGCGGGCCGGAUUUCCGCUGCAUCCCCGACCGCUACCGCGCGCAGCGAGUGCAGCUGCUGUGUCCCGGCCGCGCCGCGCCGCGCGCGCGCAAGGUGCGCCUCGUGGCCUCGUGCAAGUGCAAGCGCCUCCCCCGCUCGCACAACCAGUCCGAGCUCAAGGACUUCGGGCCCGGGGCCGCGCGGCCGCAGAAGGGCCGGAAGCCGCGGCCCCGCGCCCGGGGGCCCAAAGCCAACCAGGCCGAGCUGGAGAACGCCUACUAG